AUGGCAACUUCAAUGCAAAGAGAUCUUUCAGCAGCAGAUUAUAAUUUUACAAAACUUUCAAUUACUCCUUUUUCAUUUUAUACUGGGCAAGUAUAUAUCUCAUUAAAAGAUACUACAUUUCAAGCUAGCUCAGCUCUUAGACAUGCUACUGAAUUCUAUGACUCAAUUGAACAAAAUUAUUUAAGUGCUAAUUCAUUACCAGAAAUAGUUAUAGUUUAUACAGUGAAGGUCCUGAUCACCGAUAUAAUUUUGGUUCUGUUCAACUGGGCAAAUCUUGCUGAACGAAUAAUAUUUAUUCUUAAUCUUGGUUUUCAGAGAGUUGCACUUCAACAAGAACAAAUGUCUACUGAAUCAGAAA